CGACGUGCCGGGCAUAACGGAGUAGACACGUGGGUAGCGUGCUAUCGCCGGUGCGUCGGCAGACUGCAACGCAUCUGGGUCGAUGCUAAAGCCGGCGGCAAUGCGCCGGCCCCCACCAUGGAUGGACCAAUCAAGAACCGGCCGCCGGGGCAGCGGCAUGUGACGGCCCAUCUCCAGCCUCUGUAUAUGACUCUGCGUAUCUGCGUCCCCUCUCGCUUCCUCACUUUCCCCUUCCACCAUGCCCUACUCCCUCCUCGCGGGCGGCUACCGCUCCGGCAUCGUGCGCCUGCAGUUCGACGGCACGCUCGUGCAGCUCUCGGACAGCCCGACGCCCCAGGAUCCCAGCUGGGUCGAGGGCUUCUCGGCCGAGCGCGCCUUCGCCAUCUCCGAAAGCGAGGGGCUGGUGCUGAGCCUCGAAGUGGGCGAGGCCGUGACGGUGCGCUCUCAAGCCGAGACGCAUGGCAACCCCGCUCACGUCCACGUCGUCGCGGAGCGCGACGCCGUCGUCGUGUCCAACUACUUCGGCGGCAGCUUGACGCUGCACGCCAUCCGCGCGGACGGGACGCUGGGGCCGUCGGAAGCUUACGCCCUCCCGUACCCUUACGCGGAGGGGGCGCCGAACGCGGCGCGGCAGGAAGCAAGCCACGCGCACGGCGUCGUCGAAGUACGCGGUGUGCUGUAUGCCGCGGACCUCGGUAGCGACCGCGUCUACGCCGUCCGCAGGGCGCAGGGGCUCGAUAUCGGCGAGUACAUCCAGUGCGCGCCGGGCUUCGGGCCACGGCACUGUGCCGUGAGCCGUGACGAAUCCGUCAUGUACGUGCUUGGUGAAAUGGGGCAUUCUGUCGCCGCGUUCCACAUCCCUGCGCACGGCAAGAACGAGUCAUCCCCCAUCUGGACGCAGAGCUACCUCCCUCCCUCGGUGCCAGAGGAGUACACGACGUACAUGGACGGCGCGGAGAUCGUGCUUCAUCCCCAGCACAGUGUGCUGUACGCGUCCAACCGGCUCGAGCUGCAUGCCGCCGAAAAGACCGGGCUACCGCCGCGCACGGCUGAGAGCGGCGACGCCGUCGCCGUCAUCCGGCUCAGCGAGGACGGGCGGAGCGUACGCGGCACCGAGUGGGUGCGUACGGGCUGCUGCUGCGUGCGCGGGAUGCAAGUGAGCCCGGACGGAAAGUACGUCGCCGUCGCGGGGCAGUGUAAUGCCACCGUCGAGAUGUACGCGCUCUCCGACAACGGGACGAAGUGGACGAAGGUCGCUUCGCUCCAGGUCGACGGUGUCACUGACUUUGUGUGGAUGUAAUAUGCAUACAGUGUGAAGCGAUGGCGAAAA